UGACGUCGCGGGCGGCGGCGCCGGAUCAGCGCGGGUCGUAACCCUCUGCUUGGCCUAGCCCCUGGCCUCAGUUUCCCAUCUGGCCAGUGGGUUUCCGGGCUACUCGUCCUCGAGUUCACACAGCAGGGCCAGUGACUGACUACCUCCACGUGCCACCAGGGGUCUAAGGAGGAAUGGCGGCCAUGGGCACCCUGCUUGGCCUGCUGCGGCAGAGUGCCAUGAAAGCAGCCACCCCCAUGCCUCACCACCUGCACACAUCCUCCUGGUGGGCCGACAGCAACAGGGCCUUGCUUACUCGUGUGCGCCGCCAGGCCUAUGCACGCCUCUACCCAGUGCUGCUGGUCAGGCAGGACGGCUCUACCAUCCACAUCCGCUACAGGGAGCCUCGACGCAUGCUGGUGGUGAGCAGCCUCCACCUGGCACUCUCUGGUGCCUGCCUGAGGGCAGAGGAAGUUGUGGGGAUGCCCAUAGACCUGGACACCCUUUCUCCCGAGGAGCGCAGGGCCAGGCUCCGGAGGCGCGAGGCUCAGCUCCGGCCGAGGAAGGAGGAGGAGCCAGAGCCUGUCGACAGUUUUGAUGUGGAGCGUUACAGACGGUUUUGGACCAAGACCAAGAAGUGA